AAGAAGAGCUCCAAGAUGGCGGAAGCUCGUGUUUUUUUUGUGAAAAGACCAUAAAAAGACCUUGGUUUGGGCGUGAAAAGUCUUAAAACUGUCAGUAGGUACUUUCAAAGCACACUGUUUUCACUCCUAUGAUGAAAUCAGUUUCUUCUCAAGACAGCAUUCACAGUUAAGCUUACAGUCGUGCACAACUAAACAACCUGGAAAUCAGUUUGUUCUGGUGAAGCCUCGCGCAAAGGUGCCUGUAGAAGGUCCGUUAAUUCCAUACGUGUUGCUACUUGAGCACUUAUUCGUUCUCUUAGUUUGAAUUCUUAAUGUAGUCGUAUUAAUGCUACUAUGAAUGAAUUCCAGCAUGUGACUCACAAAAUGUUAAAAAUUAAUCCAUCUCAAUUCUGAUAUAAGCUCAAACUUUAGCUGAGGAUCACUGAUUCAGAUUAUGACAUACAAUGCAAAAUAUACCUAAGUAAAGAAUAUGUUACUGAACUGUUUUUUCUCUGGCUCUUCUUUGUAGGCCAUCAGCAACUGAAUAUAAUUUGAUAAAACGACCUGUGUGGUGUAAAAAUGGAGUUUGAGACUGUGGGUAAAAUAACAGACAAUUUGGAGGACAUUUCCAAGCAAAUUAAAACUGUUGAGGUAUUUGUAUAGGUAAUAGCAUGAUUAGUAGUGAUAUUUGGCAUAAAUACCACGAGUUAUAUUUCAAAAUUGUUAUACAUAAUUUUUGAGACAAUUGUGAAAUAUCACUUGUGGUGUUUAUGCUACACCUACACAUCAUGCUAUUAUUUGUCUAUACUACUAUCCGCAAAGGUUUUGUAAUUUUCACAUGUAGGUAUUUCAAAUUAAGCUAUUAAUACCACUGCUCUAAGCCAAUCAAAUUGCACAAAUUUCUCAUGUAGAAGUAUAAUUGUACGUCAUUGUUAAUAUAAAACUGUACUUGUACUGAAUUGUUAAAGACUGCUCCUGCUGAGGAAUAUGUGGCGCUCAUGUGAUGAUUUUGAGUAUAGUGUUUUGAGGUCAAAAGACCCGUACUUUGCUUACCACAUGUGACUGUUUGACUCUAGCGUACGUCGGUUGGUAAGGAUAAGUAAAGGCAGUGAUGAUAAUACUUGUGUGGUGAACAACCCACAUAUACCAAAGUUCUAUCAUGACUCUGAGGGUUUAGGGACAAAAUUGCAAUUUUUUCAUGACUCCAUUGUCUUGCAAUUCCUAGAAGAGUCUUGAGCACAAAGAAAACCAAACCAAAUACAGAAAAAUGACCAGUAAGCCUCUGAGUCAUUUUAGAAAGUUAAUAUAUUGAAGAUGGGCCAUUGAUUGAUAAAUUUUAUUUGAUAUCUCUUGCAAACCACUCACUGGUAAAUGGUGUUUGAAAGAAACAAAACUGACACAUGUUUUCUUAAUAGGACAAAUGGAAACUUUUACCUGCAUUUUUGAAGGUAUGCCAAGGAGAGAUUCAUUUCUUGUUGUUUGAGAAAAUUGUAUUGUUGAUGUCCUUAGGCUAAUGAAAUUUUUGAUCUGUUGAAUAAUGAUGAAAGCAUGUACGUGGCAAUUUGCAAACUGAAGAUAAAGGAUAAAGUUUAUUAUUUUAAAUUGCUGCAGCUGCAUGACAUCAAAGUUACAUAUUUCUGUCAGUAAUUAAUAUUGUUUUUCUAGUCUCAAAGAGUGAAAAAGUUCAGAACACCAUUGAUAAGGCCCUGUUAGACAAGCAACAUGGCCUUGAAUCAGUGACUUGUUCCCCUCUUCAUUAUGCAAAUUGACUGCUAUUGAAAUUCAGAUGAGGGACAAAUGAACCUGCCCAUUGAUGUGACUACUGUUGGGCUAUAAAAUCCUGGUCAUAAUAACUAUACAUGUAGGUGUUUGCGUUAGCAGGGCCUUUAAGAAAAUAAAAAUAUGUUAGGGUCAAAAGAACAUGGUCUAUAAGUGGGAUUGUUAUAAGGCAAGGUUUCACUGUAAAUUUACUUGAAUAUACGCUUUGAAAAGAAUUACUAGCUGUGUGACCUCUUAAAUGUAGACUGCAAGUUUCCCUGUUAUAGAAAUUAAUUUUUUUUUGUGGCUUCAGUCUCCUGAGGGAGUUUUCAUAUAUCUAGUGCAGCAGAUAUUAGCAAACUUCAGGAGUAAGUUUCUUUAAUAUACUGUACUUAUUACUAAAAAAAUUGUGAUUUUAGAAUAUAGGUACUCUCAAAUUAUGAAAAAAUAAUGUCUGUUUGUUUUUUAGGUCAAGGGACUUGUCAAGCAACACAUAGAUUCAUUCAAUUAUUUUGUAAAUGUGGAUGUGAGUAAAACCUGGGGUUAAAAAUUUAAUUGUUGAAGUCUGAGAUUCACUCUGGCUCAGCAGUUGUAGAACUAAUCAGUGGAACAUACAGUCGAACCUCCUGUAAGUGAUCACCCAAAAUGCAAGGACUGAGAGGUCACUUACGGGAGGUGGUCGUUUACAAGAGUCAAACCACAGGGGGCCUCUUCCGAGAAGAGGUCCAGGCAAACCUAUGUUAUGGAAGAUAAUUUAUUGCAUGUAAUAUGUAUUGCAUGUAAUAAUUAUUUGUAAGUUACGACAUGGUAGUUCCAUGUUAUCACUUAAGUUCUUCAUAUAUUCAAAGUAGCACAGUGAACGUAGAGAUCAGAGAAUGCAUCAAAUGGUCGCUUGCAAGAGGAUAAAAACAAUGUAAAAUCAUUAACCGUCAGGCCUAAAAAGUGGUCACAAUUGUUUGGUAAACUGGAGGUGGUUGUUUACUAGAGGUUACAACUGUAAGGCUUUGACCAGGAAAAUUUUGGCGUUUUGGAUUGGCGGUUGCUUAUGGGAGGUGGUCGCUUACGAGAGGUGGUCGCACAUGGAGGUUCGACUGUAUGUCUUUUAAAUCUUUGAUUGAAUUGCUGUCUUCUUUGCUAAAUGAGAAUUCUAAUAGUAGUUUAGAGGUAGUUUGUUCAUCUAGUUGCCUUCAAAUGCAUAUUGUGUGGUUUAAUAUUUAUUUUUCUUUUUUUUUUUAUCCACUUUGAUGUUUGUGAAUGGUAAUGAAAAAAUAUGAAUAAUAUGGAUAAAUGUGAAUUAUUAGAACAACUUAUCUGAUUAUCAAGUAGCCCGAUGAGCGGAGGGAUCUGAAUCUGAAACUGCCUUGCUGCCUCCCAAUAAUACUGAAAUGUUUGCCUUGUUUUGAAAGCUUUUAUCUCAUUGAGAGUGCUGGCAGUAUUAGCAUCCUAUACUAUUAUGUUUUAAGCAAGUUUCUUUUUCUGUUAAUUUUUGAAAGCUUUUUCUCAGGAUUGAAAGAAGAUUUACCUGGUUUUUAUUUUCCUAGAUAAAGAAGAUUGUCAGAGCUAAUGAUAAAAUCACCACAGAUGCUGAUCCUGUGUGGUAUUUAAAGUAAGUUGUCCAAUAACAUUACUGAGAGGAAUGUGACACUCCCUGUUAAUAGCAAUAGCUUGCCAGUCAUGGCUAAUGGGCUUCUAGCCACUGUAAAUAACAUUGUAAAACAUAUUCUUCUUUUCUACUGACAACCAAGCUAAGAUACCAAGCUGCCCUUAAUUAAGAUGUCCCAACUAGCCUCUUCAGUCAAUGCACUUGAGGUAUAGCCCAGCUAAUAUGCUGUAUUCAUGCCAGCAAUGUGUACUUAUUUAUAAGCUCUAUACAUGUACUUAACUUGAAAAAAGGGUUAGACAUGUUAUCUCUUUACAGGACAUACAUCUAUUUCAUAAAUUUAAGGUGGCCAGUCGAAGUUUCUGUGAUCUUAAUGUUUCUACUUUUAGCAUAAAAUUGUUCAUAACAAAAUAAAUAUUAAUUUUACUGUUACCAGCAAUUUUAAUAUGAGAAUCAAAGUUUUAUUCUGCAUCCUUGUUUAAUCAGAUCUGAUGUUUGUUUCAGGUAUCUAAAUAUUUAUGUUGGUAGUCCUGAUGUAGAAGAGUCGUUUAAUAUCACAAAGCCUAUAUCACCUCAUGAAGUAAGUAAAUGAUGAUGAUCAUUGGAAACUUAUACAUACAGCUGUACCAAAUUGUAACUUAAAAUAAGGUUCUCUAAUAAGGGUUUUCCAUCCUAUUGUCCCGCCCCCCAACAAAAAUUUUCCCCCAGUCUCACAAUACAUUCCUUUUUGUUGGCCUAUCUAUAUACCACAAACAUACAAUUGUCUUAUAUUCAUAAUGGAUCUAGUUGCCUCAUCUUCAGAUACUCAGAGGCAGAGGGUUGGGAAAGAAAUUUCCAAAUCUCAUGUUCCCUUUAUGAAAAUACUGUUUAUAAUUUUGCCCCAUCUUUUUGCUAAAAAAGGCCAAAUCCAGUGGAGACCCUUGACAACUGAUCCAAUAAAUUGUGCAUUGUAGAAUCUUCAUCCUCAUAUUAUUGAUGGACAGCCAGCAAGUCAUCAAGACCCAUCUAUUCAGAAAAAAACUCUAUUUCAUUAAGCAGUACUCUGUUUUUUGUUGCAGUGUCGUCUAAGAGACAUGACCUACUCAGCACCCAUCACAGUAGAUAUUGAGUAUACUAGGGGCACACAGGUAAAUUGCAUUACAUUAUCCAUUUACAGCAACGUACACUGGUAUGUGUUAAGGGGAAUGUAAUACUAGCAUCCAGCACAGAUGAGGGGGUACAUUUUGUAUGAAGUACAUAUAAUAAUAUUUUUUUAUUGUUGCAUAUGCCAACAUACUAUAAACUGCUUAACAGGAUACGUUUGGGCCAUGUGGACCUUAAUGGCUUGUUGUGCUCUUUAAUCUUGGUGGCUUACACGUAUGAAAGUGUUGCUCUGCUGCACCAAGUGUCUAAUGAGUUAUUCAUUUAUUUCUUCCCUUCUUUUCAGAGAGUGGUAAGACACAAUUUACCUAUAGGCAGGUAUGUGUUAAAUUAUUUUGUCGUUUGGUCAGGGGCCAGUGAUCAGGAUGGCUAUGUUUUUUUGUUGCUCUCGCUAUUUACCAAUAUUAUACGAAGAUUUUAGACUAAACUUAGAGGAAACCUUGUCCUCUUUUUUAACUUAAAUCACUAUUUAUUAGAACCUAAAAUAGUUUCCUAUUUAUAAUGGAAUGGAAAAAUAAAAUGAAAAUGAAAUGAAAAAUGAAAAUUUUUUGUCCGCAAAAGACACAUUUGCCAUUUACACAUCUCCCGUAAUAUGCCUUGUUUGCCCCGAAAGGUUUGUAAACCUUUUUUUAAAAUUUAUUCUGGAUAUUACAGUGGUCCCAAGAGAGAUUGAAGACAAUGCUAUGCAAAAUUUUGGAGGGCAUACAAGGGGCAUUAUGGGAGAUGUACCAAUAUCAUUGUGCAUUAUCUUGUUCGAUGAGAAAUAGCAAGUCUUUAAAACUGAAGAUUUGUAAAAUUUUUGAAUUGAUGGUAAUGGUGUAGUUUCUUACCUUCAUAUAGGAUGCCUAUUAUGCUUCGGAGCUCCAACUGUGUUUUGACAGGAAAAAGCCCAGCAGAACUAGCAUCUCUCAAUGAGUGUCCUAUUGACCCAGGUUGGUUUGUUUUAGUGAUCUGCUUUUAUACAUUGUACAGUUACACACUUAAAAUAAAGUAAUAGACAAAUAUUUAAAUAAAUAACUAUUUAACAGUGGGAAUGUUUGUUAGUGGAGAACUUGAAGAAAACCUCUAAGGCCAGGGCAAAAACAAACAACAAACUCUACCCACGUACAGCUGUAUGGCAUUGCAUUUGGGAUUUGAACCUGGGCCAUGUUUGGGAGUCAGGUGCUCCCACCGUUACAGAAUGCUUACUUCUGAAUUUUGUCCAAAAUUAUUGUUAUUCAUUUGUUACUCGUGUGUAGUUCUGUUUGUUUGGUGAUCUUUGUUCAUUCUCUUACAGGAGGCUACUUUAUAGCAAAUGGUACAGAAAAGGUUAUUCUAAUUCAAGAACAAUUAUCAAAGAAUCGAAUAAUUGUAGAAGCGGACAAGAAAGGGAAUAUUGGGUGCUCUGUGACCAGGUUUGUCUGAUCCAGAUGUUGCCUUAAUGUGGAAAGUAAAACAUAGUAUUUUUUAUUAUUAAAGAUUAUCAAAAUGAUACCACCAGUCUCAAAUAUCUAAAGGAUAAUCUAUUGUUUUGUAGCUCAACAGCAGAGAGAAAAAGCAGAACAAGUAUUGUUACAAAAGCAAACAAGUUCUGUUUAAAGCAUAAUGCUUUGACUGAGGUGAGAGUACAAGCAUUACUUAAUUUUUAUGUGAAAAUAUUGUUUUUACGAAACAGUCAUACAUGUAAUGGGAAAUGAGAUUUUUCUUCUUGUAAUGCUUUAGGAUAUGCUGAUAAGUUUGUUGUUGUUAAUUUUAGGAUGUCCCUGUGGUAGUGGUUUUUAAAGCCAUGGGUAUUGAAUGUGAGCAGGAGAUUGUUCAGAUGGUUGGUUGUGAGGAAGGGGUCAUCUCCACAUUUGCUCCUUCACUUGAGGAGUGUCAUAAACUCAACAUCUAUACACAGUUACAGGUAUUUUAUUCAUUCAUCAAUGAAGUAGUUCAGAACUGAUGUGUAACUCACAGUUCAGUAACAAUCGCUGUAAUGGUGUUUUUACCAAACUCUUGCUACAGUGUGUAACAACUGGAGCCAAAUUGUUACAAGUAAACAAAAGAAUAUAGGUUAAGUAAAAAUCAGUCUACUUUGAUAAAGGAUUUGUGUUUGCUGAAGGCACAUGUCGAUGGCACAUUCUUCACUAAGCACCCUCAGCAUAUUGAAGCAUAUGUUUCCCUCAUGGUUUAAGAAUCGUUUACUUUCUUUCCUGCUUUGCAAAAAAGAAACUUGAAUUUUGGCUUGUGUUUUGGAUAAAAGUUACUUUCCCAGCAGGAAAAUGAAGCUGACUAGAGGUAACUUUUGUCAAGUGAGCCCUUUUGCCUUGAACGACAUAUCUUGCUAAUUUAACUGUGAUGCCUUCUGGACUGUAUUUUACUUCAUGUUAUACAAUGUCAAAUCAGUCUCUCCAUAAUGGGCAAUACAUAAGUUGUAUUCCGCUAUGUUAACAGGCACUACAGUAUGUAGGAUCUAAAGUGCGUCAGCGAGCAACAUGGGGGAAGAGUAGAACAAAAGUGGAGGAAGCAAGGGAACUGUUGGCAGGAGUCAUGCUUGCUCACGUACCGGUAACACUAAAUAACGUCCUUCCAACAGCAAACAUGUUAAGAUUACUGUAGUGCCUAGAAGUAAUGUACCAGUCGCGUCUUGUGUCCUGUGGUUUGUGAAUUGACUCUCGUUUCGCGCAAUGAGAGUGUCAGACAUUCAGUGAUUUUGUUACCAAUAGUUAUGGUGAGUCCUGGGACUCAUCUGGUGAAAAAUCAUGAGUCCCAGUUAAAAAAAAAACGAGUCCGAAAUUGGGCCUUUGUGUAACAAAACAUUUAAUCUGAAGACAGACUCCAAAACUCUGUACUACAGUAUACUGAAUUAAAAUAUAACCCUUCUAUUUCAAAGCACAACAAAGGCUAAAAGAAAUAGUCAUCAUUAAACAACAGCCAUACUAACUGCCACAGUAAUUACAGGAACGGGAUAUUUCUACAAAUACACAUGUUCAGAUCAAUCAAUCUUUGCGUCCUACGGGACGCAUGCCAUGGAUUAUUUUGCGUCUUUGGGGAUUUUUAACAAAAUCACUGUACGGUCUGUCCUAGCUACUCGAACCACUUCGUGGCUUUAUCCAGUAGGUAGUGGGAGAAAGUAAAAAAAUGAAAGUAAAAAAUGAUAGAAAAAACAUGAUGUAGAUUUUGCGAAAUGAUCAGUUUCUUCUCGGUUUUUUUCUAUUAGCUAGUUAUCAACACACCGUUUGAAUGGAAUUGCCGAGUUUCCGAAUUUUUAUUUAGUAACUUGACUUUGACUUUUCCUAUCGCCGAAUUGUAUUUUGGUAUUAAAACAUAUCUUGAACGUAAAGCUGAAUAGAAUUCUGUCGAACACUACUAAAUGUUCUGUGGUCCAUCUGCUUAAUAAUUUCAGGUCAUCAAAUAUGAUUUCAAACCCAAGUGUGUAUUUUUAGCUCUUAUGGUUCGCAGAGUGAUCCUUGCUUGCAGUGACGAGGUAAGGUGAACUGUUGUCUUGCUCAAUUCACUGCAAGAAUCUUUAUAUCUUGAAGCUGGCUGCAGAUUUAGUCAGUGUUGAUACAGGCCUAAACGUUGCGGAAUAAUAGUGUCAAAAGAGUUGUUGUUAUGCUUUCCGACUCAAGAAUAAAACGAUUCAUAAAAUAAUUAUUCUUGGCUUUUAUGUGACUGCGGAAAAAAAGUAAAUAAAUAAAACUGUUUGCGGCUUGGUGCGACUGGCACAUGGAUUUCCCGCGGUUUCAAGGGACCUGAUCAAGUGCGAUAUGAUUAGUGAUUUUUGUUCGCCUUUUGACACGUGGCACGUGACCUAUUGGAAAAAUGUGUUUAGUUGGGAGGCAAAGGGAGGCAAACAUUUCUGCUUGGAACACGUAACAGUUGAUAUUUACAACUUUUAAGGGGCCUUUUCUCAGAGUUUUGUUUGUUUGUUUGGUUCUUUCUAUUUUGGUUAGUUGGUGAAUGUAUCGGUUUUUCUCGACAUAAACACACUCACAUAACAAACAGAGGUGAUAAAUCAGUCCUUUUCAGCUUAACCAACCAUGCCUCUCACUGGCUUGUUAGCCCGGGGGACUCCGCAUAUGAAAGGGGUGGGCAUGCUCGUCGGAAAUUUUGAAUUAAACCCCUAAAGGAGAACGAUCUGGGCGUGGCCCAAGCGUUUUUUGACCCCUCAAAGAGACGACAAAAAUAUUCAUAUCAAAUAUAUAUUUUUACAUUUUUUCGCGUGCAACCCUAAAAGAGACCUUCACUGCUAAAUAUGAUGGCGUUUUGCCCAGAACACCCAAAGUGAUACCAAAAUCCGAAAUUUACACCCGUAAGCGAGACGACGAGCAUCCCCUUCCAUUUCAUAUGCGGAGUCUCCCCCGGGCUUGUUAGGGCAAUGAAUCCCUCUGCUGCAACCACCUCUUUUUUAUGACUACAUUUCGUUUGACGUAAGGGUGGAAACCUCUUCAUCUGGAAACCUUGUUAACACUAACAGAUUUUAAUGACCCUUGAAGGGUCACAUAUAUUAUAUUAUAGGGUUUCUCUGCUUGACGUUUUUGUUGUUCGGCAGUUUCUUUUGUUAUUUUGACAUUUCAGUCAGUUUUAAGGUUGUUUGGUAAGAAAUGUAUAACCCAUCGGAAAAAUCCUCUUUAAGACACAGCUAGUCUGCAUACCUGGCAGGAUUAGCCCGCAUGAGAAUUCUGUAUUUUUUUGGCGCUUUACACAAUCCGUUUUUUUUACACUUCCGGAUCACCUCUCCGCGUUUGCCGCCGGCCUAACCAGGAGAACCCUGUGUAUCUAAUUCCUUCCUGUACAAGUUUUCUUCGUUGUCAAUGAUUAAAGCUUGUUGUUUGUUGUUGUCCAGGCUAAUGUGGAUGACCGUGAUUACUAUGGAAACAAGAGGCUUGAAUUAGCAGGGCAGGUAGGACAGCCCUGUUAUUUUUUUUCUAUUUUUCACGUGACAGGUUUUCUAGUUUUGACUGUAUGACCACAUUGGCCUGGGGACUACUCUCAUACAUCCAUCGAGCUCAACAUUAGUCUCUCGCGCAUUUGCGCGCAAAGGAAGGCGGAAAGGAGUAAAUGGGCGAGACAAUUGACAUAAGAUCUGUCAGGUGCUUGGCCUCUCUUCUACCGGCCUCUUUUGGUGCCUAGCGUUAUGUCACCAGUCACUCGCUUUUGUUGGCAACCAAAGUCCAAAGACCCUAACCCCGAGGGGGAGGCAACUCCCUUAUCUUUUGUCACCACACAGGAACCUUGUGUUCAAUAGUGCCGAUCCUAGAAGUACGCAGGAAAUGUGUCACACAUGACGCGGGAGUAUAUAAUCUUGCUUUCCACGAGUCUCUUCUUUGCGCAGUUGGAUACAGCGCUGGGAUGCUACGAGUUCGAUCCUGCCGUGGACUGAGAGGUUUUCAAUGUCCCAUGCCCGCGAAAUGAAAAAUAAACAACCAUUAAAAAAAACGUUUCAUUGAGUUUCAUCAAAAUGUUCAAAUGUUUCUGCUCUUCAUUUCAGCUCCUGUCUCUUCUUUUUGAAGAUCUGUUCAAGAGAUUCAAUGCCGAGGUAAUGAUUACCUAGUCUUUCCACAAAAAUAAAACUUCGUUGUAGAUCAGUAGGCUGUCCGACAGUCAUUUACACAAGUUUUAAACUUUUUUCCAGCUAAAAAAGAUUGCCGAUCAAACAAUUCCAAAACCCAGGGCUGCUCAGGUAUUUAUUACAUUAGUACAUAAUUUUUUCAUCUUUUACCUAUUUUGAUUGUCAGUAGAGUAUGAAGUUGGAAAGAAAUUGCUGUUUUUUUUGUUUUCCAGUUUGACAUUGUCAAGCACAUGCGCCAGGAUCAAAUAACAAACGGACUUGUUCACGCGAUCACCUCGGUUAGAUUUCCUAUUUUUUGCUCUGCAAGUUAAUGAAGGUUCAACCGACACCUACUGAGGGAUUUCUGAAACAGUUUCUUUUAAAAGAAUAUUUAUAUUGUAAACCAACCUAACUGCAAUAUUUACCGGGAAAAAAAGGCUCCCAUGUCAGCCUGAAUCUUAGCUUGAAGACACUGUGAUUCUCUCAGGUGUCUUCCAACUCCUAACAGGUUAUUUUGAUUUAUUGCAGGGAAACUGGAUCAUAAAGAGAUUCAACAUGAAUCGUGCAGGAGUUACUCAGGUUAGGUCCUUUUCGAUGUGUUUAUGUACAGAGAAGGUCUAUUUUUAGCCAAAAAGACUUCAAAGUAAUGAAAUCCGUCAAGUUCUAUGAUUUUGUCACUGAAGAAAAUGAAUGUAAUGAAAAUUGUUUCUUUAUAUCUGAGACAGUUAUCGUGUACCAACCAGUUUAUUCUUUCCCGACUACUUGAUGUUGCAUUUGCACUGAGUCUAGCCUUAAUUUCUGAGAGGAACGAGUCAAAAUACACCCCCUUCUUCAGUAUUUGUAACUUCUGAAUUGCUAUGGCGUUUAAAGGAUAAGCAAGUGACCUUACUGAGCAUGAAUAAUUGUGAAGAGGAAGUCAGGAAAUGAUAUAUCAUGGUUAUUUCCAAACAUUAAGUUUUACUGAAAUGUUUUGUUAUUCAUCUAUCAGGUGCUAUCUCGUUUAUCAUUUAUUUCUGCUCUGGGUAUGAUGACAAGAAUCACUAGUCAGGUAAGUACUUUUCAGACUGCAGAACUGUUAACCUUUCGUAGCUGGCAGUUUUGUUGCCGGGAGACAAUGGUGGGAGAGUAGCGCGCUCUCGCAGAAUCGCAGGCUACAAAUCGUCGGUUUUGCUUUCUUUUACCUAACGUGCUGCUUUUGAGGCGUAAAGCGUGGAUUUUCUCGUGAUCGCCCACCCGCUCUACUUCUUUAUCUUGACGACUGCACCCAUUCCUGGCCAACGCAAAAGAAAGGCUGUUUUGUACUGAGUUUUAUGACCUCAUAUUGUAAAUCACUGCACAACUUUUCUCGCUACUAAAGUCAAAUGAUUAUUUGCCAGAAAACAAGUUAGAAUGGUAAACUGUCAACUUACCCAAGGGAACCCACAUAAACCAAGAGGGUUAUAAAGCUUGGGCUCCAUAGUUAUCAAAAAUAAGAGAAACUAAUACGCGAAGUGCGACAGAAAUAUGCCAAACGUGCGAGAGCUGACUUGUGAUCAUAAAAGUCUACAGUACUGCUCUUCCCGAUUAAAAGCAAAAUCAACUAAUAAAAUCUCAUUUUAUUGAUGUUUCGUUUGGAAUGAGAAAUCUACUGUGACAUUCGUUCAGUUUUUGAAGGUGAGCAACCUACGUGAAUAUACCUAGUAAUCGAUACAUUUAUUUAUUAAUUUACUUUUUUUACCACUCAGUUUGAGAAAACCCGUAAAGUGAGUGGUCCGCGAUCUCUGCAGCCAUCCCAGUGGGGAAUGCUGUGUCCUUCAGACACCCCUGAGGGGGAGGUGAGAAUCAUAACUGAAUAGUAAGAUAGCGAUAGCCGGCUGACUUACUGAAUAAUCAAUUAGAAAAAAAACUGAUAGUUAGGGCAUGAUCUUGUGGCUUCAGUUUUGCUUGCAAACAACUCGAAAUCCAAUUAAAGAGCACAGAAAAUGUGAACGAAAAGAGAACACCGAGUGCAAAGUCCGAGAAAGAAGAGGAGGAGCGUUGAACGCUUGGACUUUUUAUAACCUCGGAACAUAACCUAGGCCUUAAUUUUUUCCUGGAGCCACGAAGCUUUCCAAAAAACUCCUUUUUCAGCAGCCUUCGAAAACACACCUGUUAUUGUUUUUAGGGCCGGGAACUUUGUUUGGAAAAUUCAUGUAUUGUUUAGUUAGCUGUUAAACAAUUCUUUCUGAGAGCUUCAUGGCGUGUCGUGUGGUACAUGUAUAAGGUAGACUGGAAUGAAUACCAGAAUGGCCCUGCAGCUGUGUUACUAUAACUGAAGACUAUUGCUAAUUAAUUUUGAAUUAAAGAACGUUUAAUUUGUGGUUGUUUAGGCCUGUGGAUUAGUCAAAAAUCUUGCGCUUAUGACCCACAUCACCACAGAUCAAGAAGAAGAACCCAUCAUUCGCUUGGCCUACAAUCUUGGAGUAGAGGUUUGUUGAUGAAGUUUGCUGGUGAAGUUUGAUCCAUCUUUUUGACAUGUGGUUGGUAUAAGAAAGUGUUUCUUCUAUUUCAAAUUUUAGAAUAUAAGUAUGCUGUCUGGUGAAGAAAUAAGUCAUCCCUCGGUUUAUAUUGUUUUCUUAAACGGUAAGUUACUACAAACUUUCGUUUUGGGUUGUCUAUUGUCCUGAGAUCGCUUCUCUUUUUAAAAAAAUAGAGAAAAUGACGUUAUUCAUGUGAUGGUUAUUGUUGCCCCAAAACCUGUAAUGCAUUGUUGGUACUAUCACCCUUAGAACUCACGUCUUUUUGCAUUGUGCAAGACAGAGAUAAGGCUGGAAUAUCAGUAAUUUCUUGCUCUUGUUUAAAUGCAUUUGCAACUUUAAUUGGUGAAGUUUAACGUAGCCGAUUUUUUCGUAGGAAACAUUCUCGGUGUUGUCAUGGACUACAAGCGUUUGGUGGAAACGUUUCGUCUGAUGAGAAGAGGUGAGUUGUUGUUUUUCCCUUUUUUAAACCAAGCUACAACCCUGUAAUGGUUUCUUUAGCGGGUAUUCUAUCUUGGUUCUAAGUGUUUUGCAGAGCUUUAGUUUGCUUGAGCCCUUUGCCUCAAUCGUUCCAAUCGUCCUAAAAACCAGCAGAAGUUGGACGAUUAUUGGUGAAAAUCAGCCUUUGCAUAGUCUUCCAAAAGAACGACGCACGGAGGGGGAAUCCAAGGUAGCGAUAGACCACAGGACACCCAAAGAAGUUGGUUUUUAAGAUUUCUUGCACUGCAACUCUCAUGAAUUUGCUUGUGUAUAAUCUUAAAUUCAGUAGUCGUUUCUUCGUAAGCGGGAACUCCACCUUUAUGCUUGCUUGAAUAUCAGUUUUAACAGUCACCUAAAAUGUAGUUUUGUGUGAAUUUUUUCACUUGUUUUGUUUUCACUUGUUUUCAGCUGGAUACGUAAAUGAGUUUGUUUCUAUUUGCCCAAAUCAUCAGCACAGGUAUACAUGCUAAUUCUUUUUUUUUAAAUUUAGCUUCCAAAAACUUAGUAAGGAAGUCAGUGCGUUUGAGACUGGGCUGCUAUCUACAAUCAUAGACUUUUUAACUAAGUGUGACCAGUCAAAUGAGAUCUCUUCAGUAGUUGUUUUGCGGCAUUCCACUUGAUUUUCUGUGUUACAAAAUGAAAAAUUGUAAUUUUUCUUGAAUUUUAACGUCGGCUCUUUUCAUCAAUUUCCUUAUAGUACUGUUCGAGAGAAAAUCAUGAAAUACAGUAUCAAGAAAUUAAUUCUUAUGAUCUCUGUGACUGAUGCUUAAAAGCAUCGGUAUUACACAGAGAAAUUUGAUGAUGAUCACAGCUAAGGCACUUGCACCAACAUUUCACAGAAUCAUUUUGUUUUCAUCAGAUCUUGCACUAAUGACAAGUUUUAUCACCCUUCAUCGUGUUGCUCACUUUUUCAGUAGAAUGACUAAAGUUUUUAUUGUUAUAUAUUGCAGAUUUGUUAAUAUUGCAUCUGAUGGAGGACGUGUCUGUAGGUAAUGUAAAGAGUUUACAUAUCAAAGGAAACGCCACCUUUUUUCUGAACUCACCGAAUACAUUUAUCAUUGUCAUGUUUAAUAUUCCAGACCCUAUAUUAUUGUUAAAAAUGGAAGACCACGAGUGGCUGACCGACACAUUCAGGAACUUGCUCAGGGAUUUAGGUGAGCUGAUUUGUGCAGUUGCAGGUCAAAUUAAAGCUUGGAAGGAAAGGUAACAUCUGAAAGACGGCAGAGGGAAUGAUGCGUUGUACAAUCGUAAUGAGGUUUCCAUCCCUUUUUCACUUGAUGUUACCUAAUAAUGACAACUUUCUGAUCGCCUUAAAGGAUUCUCCUACCAUAUUAGGUGUCUACCGUCUAACUUUGACCGUGAUCAAUGUCUUCGAUAUGGUUGUAGAAUUUCAAUUUUUUUGGACAGAUCUGUCAUUUAAAACGCUUUUAUGUUUUCAGGUGUUUCGAAGAUUUUUUACACGAGGGGCUAGUUGAAUACUUAGAUGUCAAUGAAGAAAACGACUGCUCGAUUGCUCUCUACGAAAAAGAGAUAACUAGGUAAAGAAAUGUUUACUGAACUUUACCAGGUUAAAGCACCAGACGUUAAACACUCUACUUAAAAAUUUCAGUAAAACUGUUGGAAUUUUCUUCACAGGGACACCACGCAUCUUGAGAUAGAACCAUUUACUCUGCUUGGAGUGUGUGCUGGUCUGAUACCAUACCCUCAUCACAAUCAGUCACCUCGUAACACUUAUCAGUGCGCUAUGGGUAAACAGGCCAUGGGUGAGUCAUUCACUACUCAGUAUAAAUAUGUAGACUUUCUAUAUGGUUGCUACGGGCCAGGAAAAUGGUCAGGCAAAUUUAAACUACUUUACGGUCAGGGAAACUCGGGAAAGAUUAUUUUGAGUAAGGGGAAACUCAAAUUAUAAUACCACUGAUUUGAUACAAUUGAAAACUGCAAUGACGUCUUAAGUUGAUUAAAGAGUUGAAUUGCCUCUUUUUUAAAAGGUACCGGUAGGUUAAAAUUCUAUAUUCAUAAAAUAUGGGAAGAUGUAAAGAAGGUGGUAAUUGGAGGUUUCAGGCCGCCAGUGUCUCUCACAUUUUGUAUUUAUUUGGUCCAGAGAUUUAGUUUUAUGAGAAAAAAAGUUAGGAAGUUUUGAAAAGUACCUGUGGCAACUAUGUUCUAAUCUUCUCGGUUAAUUUAAGAACAAAAAACCGGAGGCUCCGUAGGACCUGGUUUGGCUGCAAUAACAGUGAAAUGUUACUUGUUAAGUGUUGUAUCUUAUUUUUUUAAUCUCAGGUUCUAUUGGUUACAACCAGCGUAACAGGUGAGACUAGGUGAUAUUCUGACUGCAGUGAAACGAUACACGAGUCGAGGAUGGGUUAGUAUAAGUAAUGUCCCGCUGAAACCGCUCCCACCAAAGAUGUGGCCCAAAAAUAUGAAGGGACUUAUUCCUCAUCAAAUGCAGUGGCUUUACAUUCCCAUCAUAUAGUAGAAAUAUGAAACUGCAGACUGAACUUACCCAAAUAAAAAAUGUAGAAAAACCUAAUGCGAGCAAGAUGACUGACUGACGUAGAAUGGCACAAGCCCCCUGCCAAUAGUCUAAAUAGCCCAAAAACGUUCCGCCAUAACAACCUUGGCGGCACUUUAUUGUGUCAUGUUACUGAAUCUUUAGAAAUUACAUUUUUUUAAUAUUGUAGGUUUUAAUUUGUUUUUUUAUUUUUUACAGAAUAGAUACAUUGUUGUAUCUUUUGUGUUAUCCUCAAGUUCCUUUGGUCAGGACAAAGGUACGUUUUUCCGUUUGUUUACACAUCGGUUUCUUUGAAUACGAAUAUGUACUUUUAGUGCAAGUGAUUUACUUAACUUUGUUUGAUUUCCACCUCAGACUAUAGAUUUGAUCCAGUUUGACAAGCUUCCAGCAGGUAAUGUUUCCAUACAUACACCGGUUGCUCUUUUUAUUAUAAUUUUAGUCUGUGUUGUGUUGAGAUGGUUUGAUCUUCGACUUAACCACUUGGGCCCAGUUGUUCGAAGGCCGAUUAGCGCUUAACCCAGGGUUAAAUUUAACCCGGGUUUCUAUUUCUUUUGUUCAAAAGCAUUUUCUCGGAUAAUUUUCUCUGUUAUUUUUAAGAGCAUCCAAUCAUCAACUUGCUGACAAAAAGAAUAAAGCUGAAAUUACUCUCUAAGAUUUUAUUUCUGAAUUCAAAUUUCGCACUAACCCUGGGUUAUCUUAACCCAGCUUUGAACAACUCUGUUCUGUGUGCUAAUAAAGACACUGGUGCUUUAAAGGCUUGUCUCUCACAGAGGUCUACGAGGAAACUUCUCUUUCCCGAAGAAAGAUAGAAUGAUUUGUCUUGCUGCUUUUAAUUGUUGUCAGUUGUAAUUUGUCACGCCAUUAAAUAUGUGUAGAAUGGGUAUAAGCUUUCGACGCGACAAUAAUGGCGUUAGUUGACAAGCGUUAGCUAUGAUUGAUUUAUGGUUGCCAAGGAUAUCAUCUAGUAAUCAUACCUAAUGUCUGACUGCCCAAGCGAUUCCACUGAUCCCAGAAAUCAUUGCACCGAAAGCUUGUACCUAGGCCACUCUCCCUAUAGGUCAUGGAGAGGGGAGUAAAAUCAGACUACUCUCGUUUCUGCCUGUAAGGGAAAAUUGUUCUACCUCCUAAAAUUUAAGUCUUUGUUAUCUGUCUGUUAGGUCAAAAUGCUACAGUAGCAGUCAUGAGCUACAGUGGAUAUGAUAUUGAGGUAAAACUGCUCAUAUUUUAAUUGACAUUUUACACCUUUUGUGUUCAUUACGAGAAAAUACGCAUUCAUUUGCGUGAAACGGCAACCAACAGCGCGAAGAUACAUUCGUUAGCGCGAAAAAGCGAACAUUUGCGCAUAAAUCAGAUUCAAUAACGAUUUUUGCAUUUUAAUCAACAUUCAAUAACGUUUUUGGGCAUUCAUUUGCGUCAUUCGACAUACAAAAGAGAAAAAUAUACUUUCAUUAUCGCCAACAUUCAACAUUAUCUUGAAAAUCAUUAGGGACAAUAGACAAACAUUUAAGUGCAAACGCUAUUCAUUAACGUUUUUAUGACACUGUUUGCAAUUCAAUAGCAUUCCUGGACAGCUUUAGAAUGGAUAAGACAAACAUUAAUGCGCUUGUACAAUCAAUUAAGCGUUAAGGUUAAGGGGCAGAAGUAUAUUUUAAUAGAAUCUAAAAUAGGCUUGCUCUUUGUAUUGCUUUUUGAAAUGCUUCCCUUUUUGACUGCGUUACGCCACUUUUUAAGUUCAGCUAGAACUUCCCAGCGCCAUUUUCCCGCGCUUUUUGCUGGUUGCAUGCUAUUGUUUCGAAUGGUUGCUUGGGCCUGGUGCUGGCAUUUAUAAGGAAAUGUCUGGCGUUGGGGCAGUCUUGUCCCCAUAUCAGACAUUUCCUUAUAAAAAUUUCCCUGAGUUAAGGAGCUUAUGAAACUUUGCAGUUCGGCAUGAAAAAACCGAUCUAUGAAAAAAAAAUUGCAAUAUUGCGUGACGUCUGCGAAACAAGUUGUGUAUAAGCGUGUCCAUGGUGCUGGUCAGUCAACUCUUUUGUUCUCGUGGUUUUAAUGUUUGAAAACCGCUUUAAUCAUGAUAAAAGUGAGAAUAAUGUUUUAUGUUUUAUUUAGAUAUUAUAUGCUUUUGUUUCAGGAUGCCUUGAUUUUGAACAAAGCUUCAGUGGACAGAGGUAGGCACAUGCAUUGAUAUCGAGGUCGAACUUUUUUGUUGUCGACUAAGUUCUCUUGAAAACGCUAUUUCAUAUUCCAACCUUCGUCGCAAUCAGCUGUUUUUGUUAACAAACCUAAUCUCUUUUUCCGUUCACAGGUUUUGGCCGUUGUUUGGUGUACAGGAAGCAAACUUGCUUGUUAAAGAGAUACGCGAAUCAGGUAAUCUUGUACUCACAUCUCUUGUCGACGAAGCCGAUAAAUACAGCGCGCUUGUACCCUGUCUCUGUGUUUUUAAGCCUGUUGCUUGUGAAUCGUGAGAACCCUAAACGAGUGACAAAAUUGUUAAGGAGUCUGGGAGACAUAAAUUGAUUGCUGAUGUCGUUGAAACUAUUGAAGAAACUAGCUCGACGAAUAAAUAGUUUGUCAUCCGUAUUGGCUGUUAUGAAAGGUCUUGAUCUUGCUACGCAACAGUCAUUGUUGCUGGAAACACAAUUGUUGUAACGCAUCUUGUUUCGUUUUUAUUUUUCAUCUCGCUGUUGAACACUUGGAUGUGACAGACUUUUGACCGAGUCAUGGGUAAGAGAAAACCUCUAAACAAGUACUUAGGACAAACUGUUAGUUAACAAUACCUUUCACAUAAGUUUGGACCAAGAUCUUCUGGCUAAUGUUAGUUCUAGGAAUGUUGUUGUUGUUUGUGGUGUAAAUUUUGUUGAGGAUUGACUUUUGCCUUUUUAUUGUAAUUGUGUAGGUCCCAGUAAAGAUGCUAGUACAGGGGAAGUGAUUUGGAGACACAGAGCUCUAGAUGCUGAUGGAAUUUGUUCUCCAGGUAGGUCCACGUAUAGUGACGUGCAACAGUGCUUAGUAGGACUGUUUAGUUGCAUUUUAUGCAAUUGACAUCAAAUGAAAUGAAUCUAAUUAUGUGAAAAUGCAAAAAGUGCUGUGCUGCACUGGUGGAGGAGAGGAAUUGACAAGACGUUGGUUGUAUCAAACAAAAAAUUUCUCAUCCGUUUGUCUUUGUGAAGCCGGCAGUGACAAGAAAAAUUUAGCGGUGGUUAUACUUAGUGUAAACGCGAUCAUUACAUGUACUUUUGCAAUGACGUAAAAAUAUUUUUCAUAGGUUAAUUUUAUUUUUCAUGUUAUUUGUUCUAAGCUUCAAAUUACCCUCUUUUUUACCAGUAUAUUUUCUCUCUAACAUCCCCGAAUGUAGCCCAAAUAAAUGAUAAAUUAAGCCUUGUGAUUGCUGGAAUAGCUCGAAUAAACAGCUGACAUUUCUCGACGCCAGCACUGAUUUCGUUUCGCGGGGUAACCAGUGGUAGCGUCGCAAAAUGUUGGCUUUUUUCUCAGGCUAUUGCUUGAAGAAUUCGUAAGAUAAUUAGUUACUUCCUUUUGACAUAUAUCACAGGUGAAAGAAUAGAAAACAAGCAAGUACUUGUCAAUAAGUCCAUGCCAGUUGUAACAUCUUCGGGACUUCAACCAGGUAAUGUCGCCUUUACGAUUUUUCUUUGGUUUCCUCAUGUAAUCCUGCGUCCAUUUGAAAUAUUUCUGCACAUAAUUCUUACUCUUUAUAUGAACGAGAACGAUCAUUUGAUAGCAUCCUUAACCCACAACUCGACAGAAUUUCAUCAGGCACUACCAAAAUUUGAAAUGUUUGAUGCUAAUUUGUGUAUCUGGCAAAACAGCAAACUACAAAGACACAUUUGGGUUUGUAAUCAGAAAUUUGUUGUUCUCAGUGAGGUGUCUUUUUAAGGUCGUUUACCGUUCAGAAGUCGUUUUUGUAGCCCUAUAGACCUAUUCCACGGAAUUUUUUUUAUACACAGGGACUCCAGGCCAGCCACCCCCGCAACCUCAGUACAGAGAUGUUCCUGUGUCGUAAGUAUACUUUAUUACUUAUUGCCUUGUCGUUAAGUCUUUUGAGAGUGCGCUGAUGGUCAAACGAAUCUGUACUUAUGAGGAAAAGGAUGAAAACAGCUAUAAACACUGUAUAGUGGAUAACUUCUUUCAUAGGGAAGAAUUUUAAUUUCAGAUAGAUAAAAUGUAACGUCACAAACGGUGUUUCUAAAAAUGUUUGGCUUUAUUCUGAAGUUUUUGUAGCACCUUGCAUGGGAUUUGUCAUCAAGGAGUAAACAAUUUAUCAAUACACUAGACACCAUCUCUUUAUUAACAGGUAUAAAGGCCCAAAAGAUAUUUACAUCGAACGAGUUCUGGUAACAUCAAAUGCCGAAGAGGUGAGAUAUUCAGUAUAAUAAUAUCAUUAGAAAAUCCUUAUUGAGGAUGCCGACAUUACAUACAAAGGGGGGUCCUCAACAAAAAAUUACAAAAUUAAUAUAAGUAAAAAUUAUUCAGAAACAAAUUAAAAGGAAACACAUAAUAGAGCUUAGCAAAGUAUAAGAAUCAAAAAAGAAAAAAAAGGGAAUAAAAGAAAGAAUAAUUACAAGCUAAAAAUGCACUAACAUACGGGAAAAAAAUAAUAAUUAAAAGUUGCCUUUUGACAAACCACGCUUAAAUGCCAAAUAACAGUGAAAACUACAAGCAGUGAUUCCUCAUUGAUCAUCUUUUCGCUUCCAUGUAAGGCUUUCCUGAUCAAGAUUCUACAGAGACAAACACGGCGCCCAGAGAUUGGUGACAAGUUUAGCAGCAGACAUGGUCAAAAAGGGUUAGUGUUAUAAAAAGAGUUGUGGAUAUGUAUUAUCUACUGCAUGGCUCAGUUAGAGAACUACGCUUUGUUUGCUUCAGCUUGAUUUGUUCGUUGCUGUUACAGCGGAAAUAGAGAGACUCAGCAUCACGUUUUGGGCAAACUUCAUUUUGUUACACGUGACCAAGGUUUCUUUUUACAGGUCGUUUUUAAUGUUCAUUAUUUCACAAAACUGCCCAUCUCCUAAUUUGAGAAACUAAAAUCUAAAGUUUGUCUUCGUUGGCAUAAACGUGAUACGAAUCGCUCCAAUGUGCAGAGUAAUAGUUUAAUAUAUAUAAUUAUUUAACGGGUGGUUUGCAUUGUUCACCUUGCUUAUUGUAGCAAGGAGGGCUGCACAUUAGAAUUUUAAAACAGCUGACUUUUACUUGCUAUUAAUCUUGAACUUUCAUUCUUUCUUAGAGUUUGUGGCUUAAUCGUUAAUCAGGAGGAUAUGCCCUUUACUGAUCUGGUAGGAAUCUCUCACUUUAACGAUCUCUUCUUUUACUGUUUUCGUUAAUUAUAUGUAGUAUUUUUUCUAACGGCUUUUUUAUUUUACUUGUUGUUCUCAGGGUAUCUGUCCAGACAUUGUAAGUAUUAUACUGGCCUAUUUGUUGAAUUGAAACCAAACUUUGAAAUGAAUGUCCAUUUCAUCUCUCAUCCAUUAGGAGGGCUAGAUUUCGGAGUAAUUCACGUUUUACCCCUGAUCAUUUACAGUCUGUCGUACAAAAUGGAAAUAAAAUAAAUGGUCUCUAUUCACCCUUGGCAAUGUUUGAAGCGCGGCAAAUAAAUAAGACAGAUAAUCGAAACCAGCAGUUGGCAAAUUACAAAUCGGCCGAGGAGUAGGACUUGGUCCUUCCGAAAAAUAUAUAUACUGCUAGUGAUUAAUGCAGCGCUUGAACGCGGAACCACCACUUUGUCGUGUUACCUCCGUCUUACCGUCUUGGACCUAAUAGGUGUAAUAGUGAUUGUCUGAAAAGCUGAUACACUGCUUGUGAUUCCCUUAUCUUUAGUUUUCAUAGCAUUUGAAUGUUUUCUUCAAAGAAACGAAUUGAACGAGAAGAUAUCAAUUUGGAAACGGAUUACUCGGCUAUAGGUUAGGCUCAAUAUGGUCUUCUCGAAGAGAACACACAAGCAACAGCUGCGGUAGUUAAUAUCAUUUUCUCUUUUUCGUAUUCCUAAUUUGAACUGUCUUAUUUGAUUGUUAAACAGAUUAUGAAUCCUCACGGUUUUCCAUCUCGAAUGACUGUAGGCAAGCUAAUUGAACUAAUGGCGGGUAAGGCUGGUGUUUUGAACGGACACUUCGGAUAUGGAACAGGUAAACAAUGAGGAUCCUUGGUUAUCAAAAAUAUCUACAGCCGAACCUCGCCUUACAUACACGUCUAUAAUAAAGACACCUCUCCACUUGGAAACCGAGUUCUUACAACCUCUCUAUGGAGACCUUAUUUAUGACGAUUGACUACAAUGUGACAUAAGUACCACAGCAAAACCGAUGCGGCCUCUACUGAUCAUAAAGCGAGGAAGCCCCGAUAUCCACUUACAAAUUCUCCAAACUGACCUCCGUACAUUUCCUUAAGUAAUUAGUUGAGAGAAUUUGAUAGAAGAUCAAAGCAGUUUCCCUGAGGUGAUCAUUUUAUUUAUUCUCCUAACCUUUUCUUUAGAUAAUUUGUUGAUAUUGUGAGGAGAAAAUUCAUGUUGGUCACUUUUGAGACUUACAGGGUUUAUACUACUACAUGAGAAAUUUCUGCAAUUUGAUUGGCUUAGAGCAGUGGUAUUUCAGCUUAAUUUGAAAUACCUACAUGUGAGAAUUACAAACUUCUUGAGCGUAGUAGUAAAAACAAAUAAUAGCAUGAUUUGUAUGUGAUAUUUGGCAUAAAAAUCACUGGUGGUAUUAAUGCCAAAUAUCACUAAAAAUCAUGCAAUUACCUAUACUAAUACAGAGGGUAAAUCCCUAUUUAGUGGAAAUUAUUUCCAACCAGACAUCUCACAACGAUCCGUUAGAUGGUCUUUGGUUCUGUUUUAAGGCUGGUUUUCAAAUAGUCGCUACGAUUGUUGAAAGCUCCACUCUUUUCAGCCAUUGUGCUGACCGAUUGUUGUGUUCCCAGUCUUAAGUUUUAACAUCAUUGUGGACGACAAGUACAAGAAACACUGAUCGAUACCCUAUCCUCUUGACUUGUUUUCAGCAUUCGGAGGCGACAAAGUGGAGGAUGUUUGCUCUGCCCUUCUAGAAAAGGGUUUUAGUUACACAGGAAAGGAAUUUGUAACGUCUGGCAUCACUGGGUGAGAUAAGACUGUACAAUUACUUUUCCCCGGGGGGGGGGGAACUUGGGUUAAUUUUUGCUGGGUAUGUGCUGCUGGCCUCUCAGAGCCCCUACCCCAUUAUAGUCUAUUCUGUGGCCAAUUAUAGACCCCAUCUUAGUUACUUUUGGGCAAAUAUGUAAUUUCGCAAUCCAACUUAGUCACUUUCUAUUUUUAUGAACUGACCCAUUUUUUAGAUUGAAUGAAAAACACUUUACUUUUCAUUUACAGUACAAACAUUCUGGUACGUUUGCUAACCAUAAAUAUCAAGAACUGUCUUAGCCUAAAAAAUCUGAAAAUGUGCGACCCUAUUCUAGCAACUCUAUUGAAAGUGUGACCCCAUUAUAGCCAAUCCAGUCGUGAAAAUGCGAUCCCAUCCAGAGGCACAUCCCCAUUAGCCUCUUGUAAGGAAGUACCCCCCCGGUUCUUUUUUGCCGAAAAGACAGAAACCUGUCGCCUGGGUAGCUGGCUUUUCUAUUGGAGCGUAAUAGAAGAAAAGUGCCAGGCGAUAAACCACAAGAAGAAGUGAAAACAUUCCUCACGCCUAUUCCUUUCGCGGCUUGGCUGCACUCUAACGAAACCAUUUACCAACAGUCCAGAAAAACUAAGGCCCACCAAAUUUACAUAUUUUUUUUAUAAUCCGCUCUCUUGCAACACGUGUUUCAUUUGAUUUUCUUUCUGUUUUUAUUGCCUCUAGGGAGCCGUUAACAGCCUACAUAUUCUUUGGCCCGGUCUAUUAUCAGAAGCUGAAACACAUGGUGUUGGAUAAGAUGCACGCUCGUGCCAAGGUCAGUGGUUUUCUUUUCAAUUUCAGACCCGGUUGUUACACGCUAAAACCUUCAGCUGAAACUAAACGUAGGUAAUAGCUUUGUGAAGAAAGGAACGCUUGGUUUUAACUAAAAAAGGGUUGCUGUACAGGCAGCUUUUUGUUGAGAUGUUGCCAAAUUUCAUUCAGUUCCCACUUCUAUUAAAGUGCAUAUGAACCGAAAAUUAUUUUUAGUCAGUUAAAAUCUUUAUCAUUUAAAAUUCUCGAUUCCAAAGCUUGAGAUGUUUUGAGUAAAAACUGCCGAUUUUAUAAGCGAUCGAAGUUGGCCUAUUUCGUACCAAAAAAUGGUCUUCAAAUCACGCGGUCAAAAUAUUACGUGACUUUAUGCUGAUGACGUAAAUUACGUAAUUUUGGUUGCAUCUUGAAUCAUUCAAACAAAGCAACUAUGGCGGAGAGCUCGAAAACACCGAAAGCGACGCGAAGAGGAGGGCGAUAUUGAAGGAGAAUUCAACCUCCAGAAAGCUCAGAAAAAUGUCUUAGCUCUAGGUGAGAAUCGAGUUCUAGUUCGGACGCUCUAACCACUGAGCUACUGGAACUCUAAUGGCGAACAUUGCAGCCGGGAUUUGCUCGAAAAUCGGCCGUCCACCAGCGUACAAACCCAAGACUGUAUAUUUAUAUUAAAGAAGAAGGAGAAUUCAAACACCAGAAAGCUCAGAAAAAUGUUCCGACUCCAGGUAAGAAUCGAACUCACGACCCUCCGUGUUCUAGUUCGGACGCUCUAACCACCUGUGUAAUCCAUGUAAUGCGGACACUUGACCCUGUGCCAUUGGUGUCCAUGUAAACGCCGACGUUGGACUGUGUUAAUGUUUGCCUCUGUCUGACUCCAGCACGUUAAUACUGACAUGGUGUGCGUUCUUGAAUCUCCUGUUUAUCUAGGGGCCAAGAGCUGUGUUAACACGUCAACCAACGGAAGGUCGCUCAAGGUGACAAGUAGUGGUAUUAUAAUUUAGGUGUAGAAUCGCGUAUAUGGCAAACGGUGUAUGUCACGUUGUACCACGUGGCGAAGUUUGUGCCGUUACUUGUUGUUUACUUCUCAUUAUACCGACUCGAUAAUUUUCCUAGUUUUUGAAAUUGUUUACUUGAAUCUGAUUCCCCCAGCGUAAUUCAAACCUUCCCUUUUAUUGCCAAAAUGUAAUUUUAAUUUAACACGACGCAGUUUACUGUAAGUACUGUUUUUCGUGUUGUAGGAGGCAAACGACUAGAAUUCAUUUGAGGUCUGUCUUACAAAAGGAGCUAAACUUGGUAACUUGGCAUUUUUUUUUUCAGGGACGGUGGCUUGCGAUUGGGUGAAAUGGAGCGCGACUGCUUGAUAGCCUACGGUGCCAGGUGGGUUUAUGUUCUGCAAAAUCUCGAUAAUUUUUUAAACUGUUGGUCAAAUUAAAUAUCUUCUGUUGUUUAGUACUCAGCGAAACAAAGGACCUCCCAAUGGACCACAAGGGCGAGUUUACGCUUAAGCGCGACUCUUCAAAUCCAGUUAACUUGAAAUUCGAAAGUCGUAAGGUUCCUGUGUAGUCUUUAUGUCUGCCACUGCAAAAUAAUCUUUAGCGUAAAGCAAAUGGGACACUUUGUACUUUGAUGCAUCCAAGUUUUGGACAGGCAGUGUGAAAUAAGUGUCUAACCGUUGCUAACUAUACUUACUGUCAUACAUUCAAACGAAGUAAAAUUAUAUAUAUGAAACUAAAACGGGUACUGCGUGGUGAUUUGCAAUUCUCUGGGUGGAAUCCUUUCAAAAUGAAACCUUAAAGCUGUCAGCUCCGAUACUCGGAAUAUUUUUUCGUUAUAUGAUUAUCACCUUUUUUGUUUCGUACCAGCAUGCUUCUGCUUGAAAGGCUGAUGAUUUCUAGUGACGCAUUUGAAGUUGACGUUUGUAGUGAGUGUGGGCUGAUGGGUUACUCUGGAUGGUAAGAACACUCGAUAAUUCCCUUAUUUAGAGGUCAGUCUCUUAAGGGCUUUUGGUAUUGAGAGACGUAACUGUAAAAACGUCCGUAACAGUUCGUAUGAACCUUAAAAAUUACCGUUGCAUAGAGGCUUGUGUUACAUAACGCCGAACAGGUUGAUGGACCAAGUAUCAUUUCCUAUCGGCUUUGCUUGUGUAUACAGUGAUAUUCAUAACACACCUGGACACUUGCCUUACAGCCUGCACACAGCCACCCCAGUGAAAAAUUCGGAAAGGGGGAGGCUGUACACAGGCUAUUGACUUAAGGUCAUACGCUAUUGUGUCAUUCAUUUGCAGGUGCCACUACUGUUCGUCUUCACACAACAUUUCCACUUUGAAAAUACCUUACGCUUGCAAACUGCUGUUCCAAGAACUUUUGUCCAUGAACAUUGUUCCUCGACUUUCACUCAAACACUACACUGACGAAUGACAUGGAGAUUUUUUUUGAAGUUUUAAUGACUCCAGGAGCCAAGGAUGCUGCGGUACUGGGUGCAGAGAUACUCCCACAGUGAAGGCGAAUUUAUUAACAUGGUGCAACUCGUGUUUUUUGUUCACAAUAGGAAAUUUAUC